ACACGCGCUCUUAGCGGUUCCGGGAGUAGGAGGGAUUCACUUCCGGCAGCCGGCCUUGGAGUCAUGGCCGCCUUCCUCCGAGCUGUGCCGCGGUCGCCAGGGCCAGCUGUAUGGGGAAGGCCUCUCCACGGGCUGUGGUACUGCAGUGGGCGGGAUCCUAGGAGGUGGGUGGGAAGCAGGCCACCAACCUCCAAGGAGAAACCACCCGGCACAGAGACAGAGACAUUUCAGAUGGUGUACCGGUUUGAUGCCAUCAGGUCUUUCGGGUACUUGUCUCGGCUGAAGGUGGCACAGACGGCCCUGACGGUGGUGGCCUUGCCGCCUAGCCUCUACUGGUACUCCCAGGGCCUCGUGACCUUCAACUCCCUGUGCCUGGCGGGCGGGAUCGCUGGCUUUGCCCUGGCCAUGUUGUGCUGGAUGAGCCAUUUCUUCCGGAGGCUGGUGGGCAUCCUGUACGUGAAUGAGUCGGGCACCAUGCUGCGGGUGGCCCACCUGACCUUCUGGGGCCGGCGACAGGAGACAUACUGCCCUGUGGCCGACGUGAUCCCCAUGACGGAAAGCCAGGAUCGGCCUCAGGAGCUGUUCAUGCGGAUCCAGCAGUACAGUGGGAAACAGACCUUCUACCUCACCCUGCGCUACGGACGCAUCCUGGACCGAGAGCGUUUCACACAGGUGUUUGGGAUGCUGGACAAGUUCAAGUGAACGGACAGGGGGCCUCCUGCAGGCAGCCUGAGGGUGUGGGCGGGGCUGAAGGAGGGGGUCGGGCAGCUGGAGACUUUGCCGGGGCCUCUGGGAACUUGUCUUUUGGGAUAAGGAAAUUCAUGAGGUAGAAGUAACUGGGUUUAGAAAGAGGCCCUGAGUGCAGAUUCUUAACUGCACUUGUGUGUGACAUUCAGAUAAUGGCCAGAAGUUUCUGUUAAGAGCCAGUUCUUGGAGGAAGCGAUGCCAAGCUCUCUCGAACAAUUACACUGCUGUGAAACCAAAGAGAGAGGUGGGGGGCGGGAGCCAGAAGACUUGGGUCUGUCCGUUUCCAAAUCCCUGUCCUGGGGCAGGUUAUCAAGUCUCUCAGAACCUUGGUUUUCACAUCUUAAAGUGGAAAAAUCCUCCCUGUCUCCUGGGAUGGGUGUGAGAAUAAACAAUAAAUGUCAUUGUUAGUUCAGAGGUGAUGGCGCCGCAAAAGGCUUCCAGGCAAUGGGUAGGGAUUUCACCAGCCCUGUGCUGCGCCCCCUUGUGGACCCGGCGGCGGGGGGACCAGGAUGAAGCCUAGAGCUGGGUCGUUCAUCCUGCCAGCGCGGUAGCUGCACAGCCACUGGGGCAAGGUUGUAAUCCGAGCAAGUUCACCGCCCAGCGGUCUAGGGGCUCUCACAUCAGAAGGCUUUGCAGUGUGAUAAAGUCAGAUGAACUAUAUGCUGGUGUGAUACUUUAUCAAAUAAAGCCAGUUAUAUGUAAUGUCCCCCGUAAUUAGCAAUAUGCUUAUUGUAUAAUUU